AUGUAUCCAACAAGAGAAAUUCAUGUGAACAACCAAAACCGUACUGGUACAAUCCAAAGAAUUAGCAAGAUAAAGAAGUGGAGGGAAUGGCCUGAAUCAAGCUUUCGUGGGACAUCUGGCAGCAGAGAAUCUGCGGUUUACCGUCCGAAAAAUACCACAUUCUUUACAUGCAACUUCUGCAUCAGGAAGUUCUACAAUGCACAAGCAUUGGGCGGUCAUCAAAAUGCUCACAAAAAAGAAAGAGGAGCCCCCACAAUGUAUCAUUCACAUAGAUUCAAAACUUCAACGGUGAUGAGUACACCCUACGUUGAUAAUGAACAAAGAAUAAUUGCUUCCAGUGCUCACCCAAUGGUCUUCCGAAACCGUAACAUAUUAGAAGGUAUCACCGUUGGCCGUUUUUACGAUGAGGAAGCCUGGAACAGUGCGAUUAUAAAGACGGCAAAGCAUGACUCAACAACAAAUAGCGAUCCAAUAUGGCCUAGAACAUUACGAGUUGAUUUACACCAAUCGAACCAAGUAGUUUCGUCAAGUCGUCAAUCAGCAUCAACCGAUGUUAGCUCACUGAAUUUGAAUCUUAGUCUUCGACCAUACCGAUGUUAG